UCUCUCUCUCUCUCUAUCUAUCUCUCUUUUCUUGACUUCUCACCACUAUAUAAUCAUCACAAUCUAACCCAUUUAAACACAAACCAAGUUCUUCAAAUCUAUCUUCAAUAUAAUCAAAUGGCGUCUGUUUUGGAAAACUUAGGAGCUUACAAGUAUUUGUUGUAUGGGCCAUUUGUUGCUAAUGUUGUACGGAAUUGGAGAAUUCAAGAAGAAGGGAUGAUAUGGAAGGACAGUUGGUGUCUUCAUCUUCUUAUCAUAUGCAUCUUAAGAUGUGAAAUAUACCAUCUCUUUACUUCUUAUUGCAAUAUGUUGUUCCUCACGCGUAAACGUCGGAUUAAUCAAAAGGGUGUGGAAUUUAGUCAGAUUGACAAGGAAUGGGAUUGGGAUAAUUUCAUUAUUCUUCAUGCUUAUAUUGGGGUUAUGGCCUGUCGGAUGUUGUCGUCGGUGAUUAGUACUGAUCUUCCGUUGUGGAACACGAGAGGUUUAAUCGUCGUUGUGUUGCUUCAUGUGUUUGUUUCGGAGCCGUUGUACUAUUGUGUGCAUAGAUUUCUUCUUCAUGGAAGUUAUCUUUUCACUCCUUACCAUUCGUUUCAUCAUUCAUCGGCGGUGUUACAACCCGUAACAGCUGGGAGUGCCACAUUUUUGGAGCACCUGUUUUUGAGUGUAGUUAUAGGGGUCCCUAUAAUUGGGACUAGUUUGAUCGGGUAUGGCUCGAUUGGGAUGAUAUACGGAUAUAUAGUAAUUUUCGACCUUCUAAGGAGUUUAGGUCAUUGCAACGUUGAGAUUGUGUCACAUCGCCUUUUUGAAGCCUUUCCGAUCUUGAGAUAUAUCGUCUACACUCCCACGUACCAUAGCCUACAUCACACAGAAAUGGGCACCAAUUAUUGCCUCUUCAUGCCCAUCUAUGAUGCAUUGGGAAAUACCAUGAACAAUAAAUCAUGGAAUCUCCAUAAAAAGAUUAACUUGGAUGCUGCCGAGAAUUUGAUAAUACCAGAUUUCGUGUUCUUAGCUCACGCGGUUGACAUAUCGACGUCUAUGCAUCAGCCUUUUGUGUUCCGAUCGUUUGCCUCCAUUCCAUACAAGUUUAGGAUCUUCUUGUUGCCUUUAAUGCCUCUAGGGUUUUUAAUAAUGCUUAUAAUGUGGGCCAAGUCGAAGCCCUUCGUUGCUACCUUCUACAACCUUAGAGGCCGACUUCACCAGAUGUGGGGGGUUCCUCGCUUCGGUUUUCAGUAUUUCUUGCCAUUUGCCCAAGAUGGAAUCAAUAAACAAAUUGAGAUGGCCAUUCUUAGGGCCAACAAAUUAGGUGUCAAAGUCAUCAGCCUUGCUGCUCUCAACAAGAAUGAAGCUUUAAAUGGAGGUGGAACACUCUUUGUGGACAAAUAUCCAAACCUUAAAGUUCGAGUUGUCCAUGGAAACACUCUAACUGCGGCUGUCAUUUUAAACGAGCUCCCUCAAGAUGUCGAUGAAGUGUUCCUCACGGGUGCGACCUCAAAACUUGGAAGGGCCAUAGCCCUUUACCUAUGUAGACGACAAGUCAAGGUUCUGAUGUUGACUUUAUCUACCGAGAGAUUUCAAAAAAUUCAAAAAGAGGCACCCCAAGAAUAUCAAAAGUACUUAGUCCAAGUGACAAAGUACCAAGCAGCAAGUCAUUGCAAGACAUGGAUAGUUGGAAAAUGGAUCACUCGACGAGAACAAAAUUGGGCACCAUCUGGAGCUCAUUUUCAUCAGUUUGUCGUCCCACCGAUCUUACACUUUAGAAGAGACUGCACUUACGGUGACCUAGCGGCCAUUAGGCUCCCUGAGGACGUACAAGGACUUGGUUACUGUGAGUAUAAGCUUGAAAGAGGAGUAGUUCACGCUUGUCAUGCUGGUGGUGUGGUUCAUUUCUUGGAAGGUUGGACACACCAUGAAGUCGGGGCGAUUGAUGUCGACCGUAUUGACCUUGUUUGGAACGCUGCGAUGAAACAUGGGCUCAAGCCUGUCUCUAGUUUGAAGAAACAUUAGUGGGUGUGACAUGGAUCGAUGGACUAAUAUAAAUAUAAAUAUAUAUACUCAUGUUUUUUUAAAUAUAUAUAUAUAUAUAUAUAUAUAUAUAUAUAUAUAUAUAUAUAUAUAUAAUGUUUGAUUUGUUUGUAACUCCAAAUGUUAGUGUCUUGACAAGUAAACCAUAAUGGAAUUCAAUAUAUUUUUUUCUUUA